CAACAACUUCACCACUCCAUCAUCGUUUCCGACCGCAUCAUGCCAUCUCUGCCGUCUCCAGUUUCGCCAACGCCCAACACACACGCCAACACUCAACACAUAUGACUGACAAAGUGUGGAUGGGGUCAAGCACUGCCAACAACACACUCGGACACGUUGACUGCCCACAUCCCCCACACCAGCCACGCAUGGGUCGACGCCAACUAGCUGCGACGUCAACACCACCCGACCAACUCCGGCAUCAUGUACGACGUUCCCUCGCCUGCCACGUGGAGCUCUCUUGCUUGGUAAGUUCUCACCGCUAUGGGGGUUGCUGCCCUCGCCGUUUGUUUGUCCAAACCCUGCCAAAACUUCUUCACCACUGGCCAUCACCUCCACCACCAAUUGACGAAGGGGGCAUAUGAGAUCACAAUGACUUGAGAGUAUCACAAUAGCAGGGAAGGGAGUUAUGGGUGAGUAGUAGCAUAUAACUAGCCUCUUCAGUAGUACCGGUAAUUUCAUCGUGUUAUUGAGUAACAAUUACAUAUCAUUGAUUUUUCUACAUUA